AUGGGGGGAUCCAAUGAGUCCACGGCCUCCGCGUUCACUCUGGUGGGCCUGCUGAGCCACACAGGGCCACAGCUCGUCCUCCUCUGCCUUGUGGCCGCCACGUUCGCCAUGGGGCUGCUGGGCAACAGCGUCCUGCUCCUGCUGAUCUGCACAGACUCCCGGCUCCACACGCCCAUGUACUUCCUGCUCAGCCAACUCUCCCUACUGGACGUCAGCUUUGCCCUGGUCACCAUCCCCAAGAUGCUGGCUGACUUCCUCCGGCAAGACAGCUCCAUCUCCCUGGGAGGCUGUGCCGCCCAGAUGUUCUUCCUGAUGCUGACAGGUGUCAGCGAAGGCGUCCUGCUCUCUCUCAUGUCUUACGACCGCUACGUGGCCGUGUGCCAUCCCCUGCACUACCCCGUGCUCAUGAGACAACAGGUGUGCCUGCUCAUGGUGGGCACCUCGUGGCUCUCGGGCGUGCUGGUGGCCUCCAUCCAGACCACCAUCGCCCUGCAGUUCCCCUACUGCGCCUCGCACACCGUGGACCACUUCUUCUGCGAGCUGCCCGCCCUCCUGAAGCUGGUGUGCGCGGACAUCUCGGCCUACGAGCUGGCGCUGUCCGUCUCGGGGGUGCUCAUCCUGCUUGUGCCCUUGUCGCUCGUGGCCAUCUCCUACGGCCUCGUGUGGAGGGCUGUGGUCCGCAUGCGCUCGGCAGAGGCUUGGCGCAAGGCCUGCACCACGUGCUCCUCGCACAUGGCCGUGGUGGGCCUGUUCUACGGGGCGGCCGUGUUCAUGUACAUGGUGCCUGGCGCCUACCACAGCCCACAGCAAGACAAUGUGGUCUCGCUGUUCUACAGUCUCGUCACCCCCACGCUCAACCCCCUCAUCUACAGCCUGAGGAACAGGGACGUCCGAACGGCUCUGGCCAAAGUCCUUGGCAAGGCGGGCCUCACAUGA